CGACUGUCCACAUGGUUCCUAGCAGGCAUUAACUAACAUCCGGUGUUACAGGACGUGCCGUCCGAGUUGAGAUUGGCAGGUGCCUGUAUCAAUCAGAAUGCACAAGCACUGCUCUGUAUCAAUUGCAGGGCCUUCUGGGAAAUUCAGGGGGUUUGAGUGCCUGGACAGUGCCAGACAGCAGCAAACUCGUUUAAACACAACUCCAGGCAUACCGUCUUCCUUGGCUUUCUCUGCAUUACUAUCCCCUGGCACUCUUUUAAUGUCACUCUGUUAUUAGUUAUUAGGCAGAGGGUGUAAAAUGGGCGUGGUUGUGUCGUUGGUUGUAAGCGAUUCGCGGAGCGGGAUGACGAUUUCACCAAGCGAAGUGUCCGAUUGGCUAAAUGAAUCCGUUUGGCUGCUUGCAAGUCAUUUCUUGGGCGCGCAAAAACGAUUGUGUAGCAACACACAACACAUAACACUCAUCAGUCAUCAUGUAAUGGUGGAGACGUGUAGAACGAAAAAAAUUUACACUUUCUAACUCUGAGAUGGAUCGUUACAAUAACCUGAAAGUCCUGUUGAAGAGCUGGGAGUCAUCCUUUAUUCAAGAACACAAGAGAAAACCAAACAAGGAUGAUGUAGAUAAAGCACCAGGAGAGAUUAGAGAACUUUACAAAGAAUACAGAGCUGUGAAACGAGCAAGAGAAAGUGAGAAUACAGAGAGCAGAGACCAUGCAAAUUCAGGGCCCACGGGCCAAGCCCAGCACCCAGAGCCCCACGCAGCAGGAAAGGCUUCUGAUUGCUGGGGCUCACAUCUGAACCGGGCAAACGUGGCAACAACGCCGAAACUGACCCCGAAAGAAAAGGACUCUCUGAAGACUUCAGCACAGUACUUUGGAAUGAAGUUAAAAUCUAACCUGGGAGCAUUCAGCAAGGACCGCCCAACAUCUUUAAGGAAAUCUUUCACACCAAAGAGAACUCCACUAAAGUCAUUUAAUGAGAACCCAGACCCCAUGGAUAAGGCAGACCUAGUUCUUCCCAUGCCAAAACCAGCUAACACUAUGCCCAACCCAACCCCUGUGCCAGCCUUGGAUCUGGAGGAAAAGGAAGAACCAUUUCCCACAAUUCAAGGCUUCACUCCAUCCAGGAUCACGCCGUCCCCAGCCGGUGCACCAAAGGGCCUUGGGAGCAGAGUCCAAUGCUUACAGCCUUCCAUGACAAAGAGGUUGCUGUCGGUGGACCCAAGCUGGCUGGAGCGUUGCCAGGUGUUUGGAGACGUGGCGGUUCAGGAGAAGCCUGUGGUAGGAAACUUGGCAACACCGGCUCCACCACUGAAGGAAAGUGAUUGGGACUUUGAAGAUGAUGAAUCAGAGUACUUGCCAGUCAGCGUGACUAAGAAAGAACAAGAACCUCAAAAGCCUCUAAAGCUUCAGGAGACUGAAGAGAGUAAAAAUUAUGUCCCCUUUGUUCCAAAAGAGGUGACGAAAGCAAGCAGAAAGAGACCAAGGGUGGCAGAUUCUGAGGGAGAGAAAUGUUUGGAAACGCCAGGUGCGGCCAAAAAGAAGAGAAGGACUAAGAAAGAGUCUCUCUCCACAGCACGCAAGAUAUCUGAGAGCGAUGCAUCUGAUAAGGACGAAGGAGCCAGGGCGGAAACAGAAAAGGAGAAAGCAAAGGUACCCACUGAGAAUCUUCUGGGAGAAGUGGAAUACGAAGAGGUUAGAGUCAGCAGGGCAGAGGUUCGGAACAGUGCUGUGUCAAGAACAGCACCAAAGAGAGAUGGAAACUUUGUGAAAAUUAAUCUAAAGAAGAAAUCGCAUGUGAAAGGCUAUGCUCUGAGAGGGGCGGCCCUUCGCAAACAGAUGUACGUGCAGAAGUUUCAGCUUAAGGGUGAGCGAUUUGGAGGAGGAGGAGGAGGAGGAGGAAGGCGGGGCAGUUUUAAUCGGGGUGGCGAUAGCUGUUUCAAAUGUGGAGGCACUGGGCACUGGGCCAGGGACUGCAAGGGCAGAGCUCCAGCGCCUGCUUUGGAGAAGGUUGUCGACGAGGAAGAAGCUGCUGAAGAGCAGUUUGAGUUGCCCACUCUAGAGGAAGUGGCUCGCUCCACAAGCACCCUGCGCAGUGAUCCAAUAGUCCCCUCCAGCUUCAGUCAGGAGGAGAAGUCUGAGAUGAAGGAGGAGGAUCAUGUGUUCAUGAAUGUGAUCAGGCCAGAUUAUGAAAAGCCUACCCCUCCUCCAGCCAUGGAACCACUCUACAGCCUUAGGGAGGACGGCAAGGUUAUCGAUACCCCUGCUGAGGUUUACGAGGCUCUGGCAGACUUUGGCUACAAGUCCUUCAGACCUGGUCAGGAAGUGGCCCUCAUGAGAAUCCUCUCAGGUCUGUCCACUCUGGUGGUCCUCUCCACUGGAAUGGGGAAAUCUCUCUGCUACCAGCUGCCAGCCUACUUGUAUGCCAAGAGGUCAAAAAGCAUUGCCUUGGUUGUGUCUCCUCUAGUGUCUCUGAUGGACGAUCAGGUUUCUGGACUCCCUCCCAAAGUGAAGGCUAUUUGUAUUCAUUCCAACAUGUCAAAGAACCAAAGAGAGGCUGCUAUUGAAAAGGUGAAGGAAGGCAAUGUCCAUGUGCUGCUGCUGUCUCCAGAGGCCCUGGUUGGAGGAGGGCAUGCUGGGCCGGGCUGCCUGCCCCCUGCUGACCAGCUCCCUCCAGUGUCCUUCGCAUGCAUUGAUGAGGCUCACUGUGUGUCGGAGUGGUCCCACAACUUCCGACCCUGCUACCUGAGGCUAUGCAAGGUUCUCAGAGACCGGCUGGGGGUGCGCUGCCUGCUGGGCUUGACAGCCACCGCCACUCUGGCCACAGCCCGUGACAUUGCCCGUCACCUGGAGAUCAGGGAUGAGGAUGGGAUAGCCGUCCGCUCUGCUGCCAUCCCACCCAACCUGCAGCUUUCUGUGUCCAUGGACAGAGACCGGGAUCAGGCCCUCGUGUGUCUGCUGAAGGGGGACCGGUUUGGCUCCCUGGACUCAGUCAUUGUGUACUGCACUCGGCGGGAGGAGACGAGCCGAAUCUCAGCCCUGCUCCGGACCUGCUUGCAGGGGGUGCUGUUGAAAGAGUCCUCGGAGCCGCUGGGAGAAGGAGAGGACACACAUGGGAAACGAAAGAAGGCACUUGCUAAAAAGAAGAUCCGGAAGCCGUUGAAGUGGAUGGCUGAGUCAUACCAUGCCGGCAUGACGGGGGCUCAACGCCGGAGAGUUCAGAACAACUUCAUGUGCGGGGAGCUGCGUAUCGUCGUGGCGACAGUGGCCUUCGGGAUGGGCUUGGAUAAGUCUGAUGUCCGGGGGAUCAUCCACUACAACAUGCCCAAGAGCUUCGAGAGCUAUGUGCAGGAGAUCGGCAGGGCUGGCAGAGAUGGGAAGUCAGCACACUGUCACCUGUUUCUCGAUCCUGAUGGAGGAGAUCUGAGUGAGCUUCGCAGGCACAUAUAUGCAGAUACAGUGGAUUUUUACACUGUCAAGAAGCUGGUCCAGAAGGCAUUCCCUCCUUGCAUGUGUCGGCAGAUUCAUCAGAAGCAACAGAACUUAAUGAGGGCUGGGGAGGUGGAUGAUGCAGAGAUGUUUGAUCUCCUUGACCCUUCCAAUGAGCCAUCAGCUAACCAGCAGGAGCAGGGGGGGGAACCGGAGAAGGGGGUGAAGAAGGGGCCUGAGCAGGGGGCAGAGCAAGGGCCCGAGCAGGGGGUGGAUCAGGGGCCCGAGCAGGAGCCGGGGGCGGAGCAGGGGCCGGAGCAGGGGGUGGAUCAGGGGCCCGAGCAGGAGCAGGGGGUGGAUCAAGGGCCCGAGCAGGAACAAGGGCUGGAGCCAGAGCAGGGGCCCGAGCAGGAGGCAGAGCUGGAAAAGGAGGAGGAAGAGUCAGAGGUGCCAAUGGCCGAUGAAAGCAAUAAAGCACCCAGAGUAUGCCACACACAUGAACGAGCGAUUUCUAUCCAGGAAACUGUAGAUUCUCUUGAUAUCACAGAGGAAGGUAUAGAGACCAUCCUGUGCUACUUGGAGCUGCACCCCCAGCAGUGGGUGGAGAUGCUGCACCCCACCCUCUCCACCUGUCGGCUGGUCUGUUACAGUGGUCCCCAGCAGCUCGGGAUGAUCGCUAAGAUGUGCCCCCCAGUCGCGGUCACUCUGGCUCGUCAGCGCAUGGCUGGGGUGAAGCACACCCACACCAGCUCACUGGAGUUUGAUGUGGUGGAGCUAUCAGACUCCAUGGGCUGGGAGCUGCUCCUUGUCAAGAGAGGACUGAGGCAGCUCCAGUGGAACACACAAAGAGGUCCCGUGGGCUUCAAGGGGACAGGCAGGAGUGGUGUCCUGGUGGAGUUCUCAAACCUUUCCUUCCACUUCCGUUCCUAUGGAGACCUGACUCACCAGGAGCUGGAUGGUGUGUGUCAGUUCCUGCACCAGAGGGUGCUGGCCCAGGAGAAGACUCAGCUUUACCAGCUUCUAGCCUGCUUCAAGGCUUUCCGCAGUGUCGCAUAUCGCAACUGCAGUUCCUGCACAGAUGAGCUGGAUGUGGAAAGGAGUCUCAAGCUCAAAGCUUUGCUGAAAGACUAUUUUGAUAAGAAGGUCGACCUGGACCUGAGCAAAAAGUACCAGGAGUAUCUAGAGGAGGAGGAAGCGCUCAGCAAGUUCAAGAUAAAAGACUGGGAGGACCAGAUCCGAGCAGAUGUCAGAAGUUUCCUUUCCACCCACGUGGAUGAGAAGUUCUCUGGAAGAGCAAUAGCCAGAAUAUUCCAUGGAAUUGGAAGCCCUUGUUACCCAGCAGUGACGUAUGGAAGGGACAGAAGAUACUGGAGGAAAUAUAUCAAUUUUGAUUUCAAUGAAAUAAUCAGAAUGGCGACUCAAGAAAUAAUUGGAACAAAGUAAAACUAUGAAGGUUCUGGAAAUCUGUAAAACAAGCAUUUACUACACUGAUGUAAUUGUGCUUCGCUGUAGUUACAUUUCCUGAAAGUGCCUGUUACUUUGAUUUUCUGUUCAAGAACUUAUUAUGUAUGUUAACGCCUGGGCAUACUGUUUCCGGAGUGUAGUGGGAAGCAAUGAAAAGUGUAAUUGUUAUUCAAGUGAUCUAUUUCACCAUUUGUGCCAUUUUGCACAGUAGUGGUUAAGUGUGGGUUUUCUUUUCAAUGACCCGGCAGAUCGAUCUAAACACAACAGGAUCCACUGGAGGAGAUGUUGCUCUUAAAGCCAAAGAGGGUUAACAUCUCAGAAUUCCUCAUUUCAACACCAAGGGUCUUGCAUGUGUAGUCUUCUAUGUGUAUUUCCUUUGUCUUAUUUGUAACUAAAUGUGUACUUUGUAAUUGUGUUUAAGUAUCGCUUACCUAUUGUGGAUUUGUAAAAGAAAGCUUUUAAAUAUAUUUUGC